AUGCACUUGACGGCUUUUACUAGAGUCCAUGGUAGGCAUUUCUUCCUCAGCAAUGCGAUUAAUUUGCAGUCUAGACCCUCAAUAGCUUCCAUGAUGAGCUUUAAUAAGCCUUUGAAUUUAGUAUUAAACAAGUAUAUGGUAAAAUUGAGAGCUAAUCUUUCGGAUAAAACCAGUCAAUCGAUUUCAAAUCCAAUUAAAUCCAGUUUUGGUGGUCUUUUUGAUGGAUCUCCAAGUCGAUAUGCAAGAUUAAACAGAUUCCAAGAUUAUUCGCCUAAAAGAAGUAAUGAUAAUAAAAUAAUCAAGCUUACUCUUUGGGGGAUUUUAUUUAUGGGAGGGUCUUUCCUUCUUUCCCCUUACUUAUUUGAUAUCAAGCCUUUCAGUUAUUUCAAGUUGCAUCCUACACAUCUCCCAUAUGCUCUGAUAGGGAUAAAUUGUGCAGUAUUUGGGCUCUGGCAACUUCCUAGGUUCUGGCUUCCAUUACAGCGUUACGCUUUGUUACAGAAGGAUCAUAUCUAUAGCAAGUGGUCUUUAAUCGGAAGUGCAUUCUCUCACCAAGAAUUUUGGCACUUUGGUAUGAAUAUGAUGUGUUUAUGGUCUUUUGGAACUAGUCUCGCAGUAAUGUUGGGGCCCGCAAACUUCACCAGUUUGUAUUUGAAUAGCGCUAUAGCGGGGUCCUUAUUUUCUCUGUGGUAUCCUAAGAUUGCACGUAUUGCUAUUAUGGGGCCAAGUUUAGGUGCCAGCGGCGCAUUGUUCGGUCUAUUUGCAGUGUUUUCAUAUCUGGCCCCCGAUGCUAAGAUCAUGCUACUGUUCUUCCCUAUGCCUGUGGGAGCUUGGUAUACUUUCCUAGGUUUAGCAGGAUGGAAUGUUGUUGGUUGUGUGUUCAGAUGGGGUAUGUUUGACUAUGCAGCACAUGUCGGAGGUUCUGUUAUGGGGGUCCUCUACGGUUGGUGGAUAUCCAAACGAAUUCACAGAGGAAGGAAAGCUAGAAGACUUCUUUCAUUCCCCCGUUUCUAA